AGAAGCCCAUUAUUUCCCUUCUCCCGCACUCACAGCUUUCUCAGCCUUAAUACACGCUCUCUUCGCCGCCGGGCCACCACUUGCUCCGCCACUUCAAAUGGGGUCAGCUGGAUAUUACGAAAACUAUCAACCUCAUUUUUUUUUAUUAUUGCUACCUUUGCCACAAACCACUCAGCCAUAACCACGGCAUAUUCAUGUACAAAGGGAACACACCAUUUUGUAGUCAAGAGUGCCGGCAAGAACAUAUCGAAAUGGAUGAAGCCACCGAAAAAAGAUGGAAACUUUCAUCCUCAAAGAAUAUACUCGGAAUCUGCAGCUAAAGAGUCCGACACUAAGAAAGUUCUUAGGACAGGGACGACUGUGGUUGUUGCCUAA